CUGCAAGGCCUUGGCGGCGGAAACAGAAGCUCUUGGAGAAACGCGAUGAACUCUCUAGAACAAGCGGAAGAUCUGAAGGCUUUUGAAAGGAGAUUGACUGAGUAUGUGUCCUGUCUGCAGCCAGCCACUGGCCGGUGGCGAAUGAUUUUGAUUGUGGUGUCAGUAUGUACAGCAACCGGAGCAUGGAACUGGUUAAUAGACCCAGAUACACAGAAGGUGUCCUUCUUCUCAUCUUUAUGGAAUCAUCCGUUUUUCACCAUCAGCUGCGUCACUCUCAUUGGCCUGUUCUUUGCUGGAAUACACAAGCGCGUUGUUGCGCCAUCAAUUAUUGCUGCACGGUGCCGGACUGUGCUCGCAGAAUACAACAUGUCCUGUGAUGAUACAGGGAAGCUUAUUCUAAAGCCACGGCCUCACAUCCAGUAGCAACUCGUAGACAACAGGGAAUAUCGUAUUGACCACCAUGUGGAUCACUUCAGUAUCAAGACCCUUGCAGCCUGAGAGGAGAUUACCAGGAAAAAAUCAAGAUCCAGAACCGAAAAACAGUCUCUUGAACAGGACCUGUAUUUCACCACUGUGACAGGUGAAUGAAGAGCCAGAGCUGAAUAAGAAACAUUUGGGAGAAAAUCACAGUUGGUGCCAUUUUAGAAGCUGCCCCUGUAUAUGCAUACUCCCUGGUAGGUAGGAGUUUUACUUUGUCAAAGAGAGUUUGCUGUCUUUAUUUCUAAUGCCAUUCUCUUAUUUUAGACAUCAAUGUGCAAUGUUGUACUUUUUAUGCAAACUGUUGAACACACAAUAAAUACUAAAACACA